UCGAUUAUGUCAUGGCGGGUUAGAUGUUUCGGCACUAGGUUUCGUUGAAUUUGUUUUGAAUUACGCUGUCAAUGAUCUCGUUUGGUCAAUCGGUGUUUAACACUUACGGUAUCUGUAUACUGAUAAUCGUUUCGUAAACAUUUCAAAUGCUGAAACAAUUGCAAAUGGGCAUUCGCGCGUUCAUGCUAAUCGCAUCCAAAGUAUGGAGUUGUUUUUGUUACAUGUUUAGAAAGCAAUAUCGAGCGUUGGCUCAAUAUCAAUCUGUCAAAUAUGAAAUAUAUCCACUUUCCCCUGUAUCUCGACACAGGCUGAGUCUAGUCAAGAGAAAAAUGCUGGUACUAGACUUAGAUGAAACGCUCAUACACUCGCACCACGACGCAAUGUUGCGGCCGACAGUGAAGCCGGGCACUCCUCCAGACUUUGUACUCAAAGUGACUAUAGACAAACACCCAGUCAGAUUCUUCGUGCAUAAACGGCCUCAUGUUGACUAUUUUUUGGAUAUAGUGUCACAGUGGUAUGAGUUGGUGGUUUUCACGGCGUCGAUGGAGAUAUACGGUGCGGCGGUCGCGGACAAGCUGGACAAUGGACGGGGUAUCCUCAGGAGGAGAUUUUACAGACAGCACUGCACCGCAGAACACGGGUCAUACACAAAGAACCUGUCGUCGAUAUGUGACGAUCUAAACAGGGUCUUUAUCCUAGACAAUUCUCCGGGAGCAUACCGGGAUUUCCCAGACAACGCCAUCCCCAUCAAGUCGUGGUUCUCGGACCCGCUGGACGUGGCGCUGCUGAACCUGCUGCCGGCGCUCGACGCGCUGCGCUUCACGCACGACGUGCGCUCCGUGCUGUCGCGCAACCUGCACCUGCACCGCCUGUGGUAGCGACCGCGGCGUAUACCGGCUUUUGUACAAAUGAAGGAGGCCGUGGCGCUUCCGGAUCCUAUUUAUUAUUAUUUUUUCACUUGUUAGGUCCUUCAGCGCUUCUAUUCAAAUAUACAUAUAGAUUUAAUGUAGUUAAAUAAUAUUUUUUUUAAGUUUUGUUUAAAAAAAAUGAAAAGUGAUUAGUGUACAAUAUACCUAGACAGUGUAUAUUUUAAGUCGCCCUACAUGUGUGGGAGUGUGGGUUGUUUUUGAAACGCCCAUUUAUUAUCUGUGGAACGUUAUGGACUUGGACCUUCAUGUUUCUCUUUCGCUCGUACCAUGUAGAGCGAGAAGGCUGAUUUCUAUACCGGAUUUUGUUUAAGUGUAGUAUAUAGUUAUAUUAAGAACCAUUACACACGAAUGGUUUGCGCUCUCCGUUACAAGAAAGGAAUAUUUUUAUUAUAUGUCCUUUCCAAGAAAAAUUUCAAUGCAAUCAGAUUAUGAUUUUUUUUUUUUCACUUUGUAUCAAUUUUUGUAAAUUUUAAUACAAAAUUAUAUAUUUUAAAAACUCGGAGAGAAUGUUUUAUACAAAAGAUUCAAUUUUUUUACAAUAAAUAAAUGUAAUUUAGUUUUUCAAAAAUUGUCGAUAUAAUGAUUGUAUGUGUGAUAUUUUCAGAAUCAACAUUGAGUACUCAAAAACCCCACCUAUGUUACAGAGUUACAACAGUAGUGAAACUCACAUUGCUAUAACAAACCAAGAACCGGAACUAAACUAUUUAAAUUUAAAAAACUAAUAAAAAUAAUUCAUCUGUUGCCUCUUAUACAAUCAGUGCUAGAAAAAAAAAUAAUACUAACUAGAAGAAAUUGCGUAUCCUAUAUUUUUUUAUAUGUAAAUAAUUAUUUUCGAAUUUUAAAUUGUUGUACACUUGCGUUAACAAUACUGUGACCAUUGCUUAAUAGUAAAGCCACGGUUACAAAGGCGCGUUAUAACACAGAUAAAACAAAAAAAAAAGUUAGAUGGUUGAUCACGCGAGAUAAAAAAUAUCAGCGACACGAUGUCUAUUUGAUAAUUUCAUCCGCUCGUAUACGAACUGUAAAUUAUGUAUUAUGAUUAUAUUUGAUGUAGUUUUUUAAUGUAGCUGUAGCGAUUUGUUGCUAUACGUGAUUGUUAUAUAAAGAAGUAAUUUUAAGGUGAUUCCAGGCAGAGUUGUGUUCGAUCCUUUAUAUGCUACCACGAUGUACUAAUUUAAAAAAAAAAAAAAAUUUAAUAAAAUAAUAGUAAAAAUUUUAGAUAUACCAUAGUUCACACAGAAUGUGAUAAAUUCGUUUUUCCGUUAAAUAGAUCUUUAAAAUUUUUAUUAUUAUACGUGUUUCGCUCAUAAUUUAAAUUAUAUGACGUAUAAGAAAAAUGCCGCGAAAUAUCACAAUGACGUUAGUGCAUAUAUUAGAAUCUUAUGUAAAAAAUUUUUGCUUUGUUGCGAAGUACUUAAAAAGAGCAAUGUGAGUUUCGAUAUAAAAUUUUUGUUGAAAAAUUUCUCUUUUAAUCAUAAAAUGUUUCAUACCAAACAAUAUUAAGAUGUUACGUUAGUAUAUAUUAAGCGAAAUUAUGAAUGUUUGUCGUUUCCUAAUUGGUGCAAAACUGAACUUUUUCUAUAAAUAUUGUAAAAAAAUAAAUAAUUAAAUUUAAACGAUUUGUUCGUGUAAGGCGAUCCUAUUAAAGGCAUUUUUUUUUAAAUAUUUGGGAAGUAACAAAUCGUGUCAUUGAUUUAAGUUAUUUUUAAGACAACGCCGUGUAAUGUAAAGCAUAGCGUCGCAUUGACAUAAACUUUUCUUAUUUUAUUUAUUAUCUGUAAUUCACCUCCUUAUACAAUAGGAACAACUUCAUUUUAUAUUAAAGUUUUCGUAUUCAGAGCGGUAUUGUUCCAUCAAGUAUCAGGUUGACUUUUUUCAAAAACUAAUAAUUACCAAAAUUUAAUUAAAAAAAAAAAAAACAAACAUUUUUAUCAAUCACUAAUUCCGUUGUGAAUCCGUAUGAUUUCACAAUUGGCUGUUAUUAUAUUUUAAUAAUGGAUAGUCAACUAAUUUAUUUUAAAUUGUUUUUAUUUAUGUGUGUACAAAUAAAAGCAUUUUAAAAUAAGCGAUAGAACUUUUAAUUACUUACUUACCUUGUGCGAGAACAUUCUCGAAGCUACAAACAGCUGCUAUACAAAAAUUGAUGAAUA